UUAAGCGGAUGGUGAUUGGAGUGUCACUGAUGCUUUACUACUUGUCAACUGCCCCCAUUUGAGGUGGAAACAAUCUUCUAAUUAUAAGGCCUCGCAAGAAUUGGCACGCGUUCAGAUUUGCAGGCCUGUGUUUGUGCUAUGGGGAAUCUUCUUUCAUGCGGAGUUCCCGGCGCCGGCAAAGUUGUGCUCUCCGACGGCACGGUCCGCGAGCUCUAUGGGCCGACACCGGCAGCCGAGCUGAUGGUGGAGCACCCUCAUGAAUUCGUGGUCGACUUGUGCUUGUUAGCGGCUGCCAAUUACACCAAGGUAAUACCGUUGUCCGCCGACGACCUGCUCGAGACGAGCAAGGUGUACGUGAUGCUCCCCAUGGCCCGAACGAUGGGUUCGGCUGGCUUGUCGAUGGUUGAGUCUCGUCGGGCCUUGGCAAUGGCUAAGCAAACGAUGGGACCAAGCACGAGGGGCUUCUUGGGAGUGCUCGGGGGAGCAUCCAAGGCAAUUGGGGUACUACUGACCGAAGUGAAGAGCAAGGCUGUGGAACGGAUUCCACAGCAAGCAUCGAUGGCGGAGUACGGUGGUGAAGGGGCGGCAAAAGUUGAAUCGUGGUCGGAGAGGCCGGAGGUUCUGAUAAGGCAACAAUAUUGGAGACGAAGGUGGAGGCCAAGUCUAGACACCAUUUUGGAGAUGAGCUUGGAGAAGCACAAGGUCCCUCACUGGUUGUUUUGACAUGAAAUACAAUGUUUUACUAAUUAAGCAUGUAUUAUGUAGUUUUUACUCUA